CGUCAAUCUUAUAGCUAAAGGUCGGACGAUGUAAACUGACACGAAGCAGCAGUGAAAUAUGUCUUCUGUGCUAUUUUGCAAAAGUUGCAAAGCAGAAACCAAGUACAUUUGUUUAAUCUGCGAAAGAGCCGUAUGCAACAGAUCGGAGUGGGGUAAACCCCUGGCUGAGGAAACCCCUAACUGGAAAUCUGGUUUUGCGUAUCAGUGUUGGUCAUGUACCACCAGUUCCAGCCACGUGGACGGUGAAAAUAAUAAAGAUAGUGUCAAUACCGAAGCUGACGGCAAUUCCAAAGCCAAAUCUCGCAAACGAGCCAGGGAAACUACAGCGCCAAAGAGGAACUGUUUAAGUUUGAAACAAAGAGUCGAGUUGAUUAACUACGGGAAAGAUCACCCUAAUGAAGGCUACCGCAAAGUCGCUAAACAUUUUGGUGUCGGAAGGACGCAAGCGCAGAAAAUCUCAAGGAGAGUAAGGCAAUUCUCUCUAAAUAUGAAACCAACGUCCGACCCAGUAAGAAAAAGAGGAUUCGCACAGAAACCUAUCGAAAUGUGAACGACGCUCUAUGGGAUUGGUAUACAGUUUGCCGAUUAUCUAAUGUCCCAGGUAGUGGUCCGGUGUUGCAGGAGGAAGCCUUGAUUAUCGCAGAGGAGUUGGGUGCAGAUGGCUUUACCGCCUCUAAUGGCUGGCUUCAAUGUUUCAAAGAGCAUUUACAACAUGCAAAGAAUGGCCACUGCUGGCGAAGACGGGGAUGUGAGUUUGGAAACGUUGGAAAGCUGGAAUGAGCGAGUAAGAGAAAUCACAAGAGGAUGGAAGCCAGAGAAUGUGUGGAACAUGGACGAGACCGGGAGUUUUUGGAAAGGACUUCCAGACUCAAGUUUGAAUGAGAGAGGAAAGCGCUGCAACGGAGGAAAGUCGGCCAAGCAGAGAAACGCGUGGGCAUUUUUUGCCAACUCUACUGGAGAGAAAGAAGAUCCGAUUGUUAUCGGAAACGCCGCAAAGCCCCGAUGUUUCAAAAACAUGAAAAACCUCAAACGGCCGUAUGGAUGCUGGUACUAUUCCAAAGCCAAAAGCCUGGAUGACGUCAGAAAUCAUGGAAGAAGUGCUAGGGCGAUUGAAUGAAAAGCUGAAAAAGAAAAGUAGAAAAAUACUGCUGUCCAUGGACAACGCUUCCUGUCACCCCCAAUCACUUGCCGAUAGUUUUUCAAACAUCACUGUCAAGUUUCUCCCCAAGAAUAAGACAUCAAAGACGCAGCCUCUUGAUGCUGGCAUCAUCGCAAACUGGAAGGCGAAAUACAAGAAAAAGCUACUGAGGUAUGUCUGCUCCAAAGUUGAUGGAGAGCAGACUGCCAGCGACAUCGCCAAAGGUAUUAACGUGGCUAUGACGAUUGAAUGGGGAAAGCAAGCCUGGGACGAGGUAUCGCCCGAUACCAUAGUUAAAUGUUUUAAGAAAACGAAGCUGUUCCCCGAGGAAAUGGAAGAGGAGGAUGAUCCCUUUGAAGGCGAGGAUGAGUUAACAGCCCUACAAGAACUUCAAGUGGGCGGUUCCUGUGAUGCGAGCACAUUUCUCUCAAACGAAGAAGAGAUACCGGUUUGUUUGCUUCUAGUUGAUGCCUUGAAUCCACACUGGAGAGAGGACCUACGUGAUGACCUACAUGAUGAAACAAAUUCAGAAGUCGGUGCUGACGUACAGGUCGUUGGAGAUGACGACGAUGACCCAGAGCUAAAAGAACCAGCCAUUAAGACGGUAUUGCAAGCCGACCGGCUAGCGGAGCAACUCAAAGACUUGUUUGUUUGCUUCUAGUUGAUGCCUUGAAUCCACACUGGAGAGAGGACCUACGUGAUGACCUACAUGAUGAAACAAAUUCAGAAGUCGGUGCUGACGUACAGGUCGUUGGAGAUGACGACGAUGAUCCAGAGCUAAAAGAACCAGCCAUUAAGACGGUAUUGCAAGCCGACCGGCUAGCGGAGCAACUCAAAGACUUUGCCCAAUUUUAUGGACACGAGCAGCUUUCGCUGGCGUUAUGUAAAGUAAAUGAGUUACUUUACGAGAUGAAGCUAUCCUCACCAAAAA